CAGUCUCAACAGCAGUAGGCGCCCCUGUAUAUGGUUUCGCCAACCAGAUUUUUUCAUAUACAAGGCUGAGAAACGUACUAGUUGAGUAGAGUUUUGGUCGUAAUGUACCGCAUCCAUUCAGUAGAACAGUAUCAUCGCGGUUUGCCAAAUCCAAACAGGCCAGAGCUGAACUUCUUGAGUCUCACAAUCGCACAUAAAAGUCCAGAUGUCGUCGCCAUUCUGUCCCGUUUGCUGAUUCCUCAGACACAUCUGAAACCCAGCUCUCUUGCACAGUGACUUCACAAGAUAGCUUUUGCACUCCUAAGUAUUGUCACACAUACUCAGUUAAUCUCACGUACAACCACAUUCAUCCUCUUCAGUCAACACAACACCGUUUUCACUCAACCCCCCUCUUUCACUCCGCAUCACCUUUCGCCAAGGUGCACAGUAGCUAUGGCACACGAAGUCCCGAGCUUCACCAGCUUCGAGUCCACGGACUCAAACAUGGCUCAAGAGGCCAUGUACAUCAACGGCAUGGAGCAACGAGAUGAGCUGCUGAACUCCGAGCUCCCAUCUCCAGACCAAGAAGAGGAUGAUUGGGAGGAGCUCACCAUUCCGGGGGUCCGCGAUACGGAUUUAGAUCUGAGCGAUUUCGGCCUGGACUUUCCCGAACUGGGUCUCUUCAACGGGGACCUUGUCCGCCUGGGCGUGUCAGAUGGGAGGAACGAUUCACCCCUGGAUGGAGAGCCCCUGCCCCAGCUAAACGCGGAAAGGGCCAACGAACCGGGCCCGGGCCCCGCUCAGCCGAUGGCUCAGGGGAGCAGUUCCGCAACGUCACCAUCGUCCUCGGAACAGAAUUUCCUCGUGGCCUUCGGGCUUCCCACACCACGCACUCCAGUCGUGGGAUCCCCGGUCAGGUCUGUUCCUCUCCUCCCCUCUCCUCCUGCUCCCCUCCGUCGCUCCAAUCCCACUCCCCCCAACUCGAGUCCCUCCGCCCCCUCCACCUCUCAGGCGCCUACUCAAUCUCAGGCCAAAAAGCGGAGGAGGGCAGGGGUCACCCCCCCGCGGAACCCGCCCAUCUUCCGCCCGGUACAACCAGUGGCGUGGCCCGUGCAAAUGAUGCACGUGCCACCGCACGCCCCAACACUGAUGAUGCCAGUGCAAGCUGCGACUUCGAGCCUGCCCCCCCAGUACCAGGCCGGGUCACCAAUGCAGCUGGGCCAAGGGGGAUAUGCCGCGAUUGGUCCAUACGGCUCGGCGGCACACUACCAAAUGCAGUCGUCGGGCUCGCAUCGGCAUCUGGGGUUGGGGUCCCUGGACCAGAUGUACUGGGACCCAAACUUGAUGGCGGACGUGUCCCAGCCACAGACACACACUAAUCCGCCGCCGGGACGUCAAGAUCCCUCCUGGGGAAAUGGAACUCGCCGCAGUCGCCAGCGGGUUCAUUCGGAAGCCCUGCCGGAACCAACCGCGGGAUCUCCCGCCGCCCUCACGGUCCAAGUCACGACCGUCGAGCAAGGCCCGGGGAAACCACUCGCUCCGAAGCCACUGCUGGGCUGUACCGCGACCAGUAGGGACCGCGGAUGUGUGGUUAGCUGCCUGGUCAACGUCAAUCCGGAAGGGUGGUGCAGGCGGGGACGACCGAGGAAGGCGGUGUCGGAGGAGGAGCAGAGGAGGAAGAACCAGAUGCCCAAGCGGGGAAGGGGACGACCCCGGGGUUCGAAGAAUAGGCUCAAGGUGAAGAAGUCGAUGGAGAAGGGGAAGGAGGAGGAGCGCGUGAAGGACGCGGAGGAGGCGCGGGGCCCCCUGUGGAAGUGGAUGGAAGACGAGCAGGACUGAGGGCGGGGAUUUGGGGCGGUUGU